AUGGCGGAUGAAUACGGGUACUCUGAGAGUUGUCGUUCGUGGCAUGAUCACCCGCCCCGGAUGGUCUGGGUAUAUCUCCACCAAGACGAAAAAUGGGUUGCGUUGCCGCCAACGUGUGUUCAUCCAUGCGACUUUGAGGAUGCUCCCAGCCGACAACCCAAAGACGCCAUAAUCAUGGACGAGAGUACAUUCCGCAAGAAACACAUCGCUUCAUGGACCCAAGAGACCGGGACAGUUGCAGAAAAGGGUAAUCACUCUGUAGUUCCUGCGCACGAUGAUUCUGCGCAGCCUCAGGAUGUCAAGGAACCACUCCAAAAGGUCGAGGCAUCCGAGCCUAUGCAGAAUCAAAUUGCAAGCAAAGACGCAUCACCCGCCCGUGCCACACGUGCCACAGAUGCUACAACUAUGCUGAACAAGCCAGUAUCUACCCAGACUUCCCCAAUGUCGACCAAGCCAAAGUCUCCCGAGCAACCAAAGCCAGCUCACUCUGCUCCUGAGCUCAAACUCUGGGCCUUGGACAGCAGGAAAAAUCUAGGUCGACAAGAUCCACAGAUACCAUACUACAAACUCAAAGAGUUCGCCCCAAAAGUUAUCCAGUACACCGAGAUACCACCAGAGUGGAGGCAGACUUUUGGGAGACUUCGGAAUGAUCCACUCAUCAAUCCCUCGAAGAUUGGCCUCGACGGAAAAGCAGUGAAUGGCCGCUGGUGCUUCAAGCAACUCUUAACGGAUCAAGUGUGUGACAAUCCCAAUUGUCUCGGGUCUCACGUUCCGCCCAACAGGAAACAAUUCUUUUUUAUACUUUCACUUCACGCAAAGGACCCAAGAACAAAGGCUGACCUGAAUCGGAACUUCUGUUACAACAUUCUCAAAGUUUACUACAGGAAGCACUUCUUGAAAGGAACUACGCCCGUUCUCACCCCUCGGUGGACGGGAACUAGACUGACUGCAUAUCCUAAGUUGCUCAGAAAGCCCUUCUAUCGAGGAGCUGAGGUUCCAGAGAAUAUGUUUUCCGGUACUAUCAUCGAUAGAAUUCUCGAUGAAUGGGAUGAGUUGUAUACGGCUCAGGAAAAGAUGUCUCUACGUGAAGAGCUGCUACUUCCAUGUUCGAUCCCGACUACUACAGAAGCGCAAGGAAACACCGAAGUCUCACCAUUCAGGAACAAGCAGCCCAUGCCCACGCCUCCCGCGACAGUGCCUCCCGAGACGGCCCCUCAGCAAGGAAACACCCCGUCGACCCCCAGCAUUGUCUCGAACACCCCCGCCUCAGAUGUUGUAGCUAAGGUUCUUCCAUUGACUGAAGAAAACCUUGCCGUUGUCCAAGGAGUUCUGCGUCGCCGCAACUGGGGCUCGACAGACAGCGAGCUAGUUGAAAGUAUUGCAGGCGAGUAA